AUCACAAUAAUGGAGUGGCGGCGGAAGAGGUUGGUUUCGCGAGCUCGGACUCUUCAUAUUUGACAUUUACAUUUUCUGUAAAUUGAAUCUAAAUUCUGUUUUAACGGGCUGUGCGCCGAUAUCUCCAGUAGCUUAGCUCACCUAGCUCAAGAAGCCCUCCACAGAUGCAGCAAAUGCUACACGUAAACGGGGGAUCCACCACUGGCACUAGGCAACGGUUUAUCAAUUCUGGUGGGCUUGAAUUAGAAUACUAAAGGACAUAUUUUGAAGGUAGCAUUGGUUGAGUAGAUUACAAAACCAUUGACCGUUUUACUGUGAAAUAUUGUAUUUUGGACUCCACUUGUUUUUUCCAAAAAGGAAAUGUUAUGUUAUAAAUGAUUAAUUAACAGUAUAUCUCAUUUCAACAAUGUGUAACCAUGUAGGUUCGCAGGUUGAAUGUACAAUGUUUUGGUAAAUUAAAAUAAAGCCUAGUUAAUAAUAAUAACAACAACAAUAAUAAUAAUAAUAAAUCAAUGUCUUUGAAAUGGAUUUCUUCUGAAAAGCUACAUUGCUACCAAAUGACAAGCACACAUUUGGGAACUCGUGGAAACAACCAGAGACGAGCAAAAACUGUGAGUGAGUAACUGAAAUAAACUAAAGAAACCUAUAGUGGAAAACAUGUUGCCUUCACAAGAAGCCGCCAAGAUUUACCAUGACAACUACAUGCGGAACUCCCGCGCCAUCGGAGUACUCUGGGCGAUAUUCACCAUAUGCUUUGCCAUCAUCAACGUGGUUGUCUUCAUUCAGCCCUACUGGAUCGGGGACAGCGUGAGCACGCCGCAGGUGGGUUACUUCGGUUUGUUUCACCAGUGCGUUGGGAGUGGACCGCCCAACCGAGAGCUCGACUGCACGGGCAGCUUUACUGAGUUCAGCUCCAUCCCCUCCGGUGCCUUCAAAGCGGCCUCGUUCUUUGUACUGAUGUCCAUGAUUCUGAUUCUGGGCUGCAUCGCCUGUAUGGCGCUCUUCUUCUUCUGCAACACCGCCAGCGUCUACAAGACCUGUGCCUGGAUGCAGCUCCUAUGUGCUGUAUGCCUGGUGUUGGGCUGUAUAAUCUUUCCGAACGGCUGGGAUGCGGAGGUGGUGCGGGACCUGUGUGGGGAGGAGACGGGGAAGUAUACGCUGGGUAACUGCUCUGUCCGCUGGGCUUAUAUCCUGGCUAUUAUGGGCAUCCUGGACGCCCUGAUCCUGUCCUUCCUGGCCUUCGUUUUGGGGAACAGACAGAACGACAUGUUCCUGGAGGAACUCAAGCCUGACAACAAUAAAGAUUUCGCUGUGUCCAAGGUUAGUGACUUUAUUGAGGUCCGGGACAGAAGACGCGACCCAAGGUAUGUUGCAGUCCAGAGGUUCCACUGAGGAGCUCCUUGCCUUGGAUGACCGCACUCUGAGGGCCUCCUUGCCUUGGGUGACCCCCCUCUUAGAGGAUCCCUGCCUUGGAUGACCGCACCCUGAGGGGAUCCUUGUCUUGGAUGACCCCCCUCUUAGAGGAUCCCUGCCUUGGAUGACCCCCCUCUGAGGGGAUCCUUGCCUUGGAUGACCCCCCCCCUCUGAGGGGAUCCUUGCCUUGGAUGACCCCCCUCUCCUCUACUCCCUCUCAUCCAGUCAUCAGGCUAAUAUCCAACCUGGCUCCAUGCGCAGACCACAUGUACAGCAUUCUGUAAUAUAAAACUGGGAGAAACUAUAUUUUACAUAGUAUUAUGUUGUAAAGUUCAUUAACACUACUAUAAAAAAAGACUAUAUUUGCAUAUAAAAUGUGUCCAAAUGGAACUAUACUUUGCAGCUUUACAGAAAUAGACCUCUGGGAAUUUAGAUACUGUACAUACAAGGCAAUGUAUAUAUUUGGAACGGUACAAUGAGCAGCAAACUAUAUAACCCUUCAAUGGAAAUUUUGUUCAGUGUAUUUCUACCCUUUGCAAAAUGAUUUGAGUACAAAAAGUAGAAUAAAGCAGAACAAAACAAACAUUUUGUAAACAUUUAAUAGACCCCAUAAAACUGAAGCGUUUGUAGUCUUUUUAAAGGUAUUUACUGUCAAGCAAUUAAAAGUAGAGAAUAUUUUCUGAAAUGAUUCAUCUGAAACAGGGUAGAAUAGAGAAACAGUGUAGACUAAAGAAACAGGGUAGACUAAAUAAAUGAUUAACCCGAAACAGGGUAGACUAAAGAAAUGAUUCAUUUGAAACAGGGUAGACUAAAGAAAUGAUUAAUCUGAAACAGGGUAGGCUAAAGAAAUGAUUCAUCUGAAACAGGGUAGGCUAAAGAAAUGAUUCAUCUGAAACAGGGUAGGCUAAACAAAGGAUUAAUCUGAAACAGGGUAGAAUAGAGAAACAGUAUAGACUAAAGAAACAGGGUAGACUAAAUAAAUGAUUAACCCGAAACAGGGUAGACUAAAGAAAUGAUUAAUCUGAAACAGGGUAGACUAAAGAAAUUAUUCAUCUGAAACAGGGUAGACUAAAGAAAUUAUUCAUCUGAAAUAGGGUAGGCUAAAGAAAUUAUUCAUCUGAAACAGGGUAGGCUAAACAAAGGAUUAAUCUGAAACAGGGUAGAAUAGAGAAACAGUAUAGACUAAAGAAACAGGGUAGGCUAAAUAAAUGAUUAACCCGAAACAGGGUAGACUAAAGAAAUGAUUAAUCUGAAACAGGGUAGGCUAAAGAAAUGAUUCAUCUGGAACAGGGUAGACUAAAUAAAUGAUUAAUCUGAAACAGGGUAGGCUAAAGAAAUGAUUAAUCUGAAACAGGGUAGGCUAAAGAAAUGAUCUGGUACACUAGAUACAGUAGAUGUCAGGAAAACAUAUUUGAGAUAUUAGUCCUCUCAGAAGGAAGCCCUGUCUGCUGCAUUCCCCUCAGGUCCCUCAGCACCGAGACACUGGGGCCACACGUCUCCACCACACCAUCCUAACAGGCUUUCUACUGCACAUUGCAGUGACCAACACGCACUGGGCCUGUGUGGAUUUAACCUGUUAACCACACAAUGGGGAAAGAAUACUGGUAAAAAUCAUAAUCUAUGUAGAGGCAGUAUUUCUACCAACUUUAAAAAAUAUAUAUAUAUCAAAUAGCAUCUAGUGAAGAACUACACGUUUACUUCUGGUCCAUAAUCCUUGCUACACUGUACAGAGUUGUAAAUUGAGAAGCUAAAUGCUAUGUUAUUAGGUGGCAGCCAAUUCUCAGGAAGCUGUACUGUAGGGGAGAGUGAGGGGAUGUCUAGGAAACCAUACACAAAAUUAAUCAUGUUACUAAAUAUGUAGGAAGUCUGUGUGAAGGAAGAAACCACAUGGAAAAAGUGGUAAGCAAGUUAGGUCCCAAAAAAUAACAGAUUUUCACAAAGUCAAAUAAAUGUAUUGUCUUACAGGUUUCAUGAUGCUUGUAUCUAAACCAAAGUAGAUCAUUUUAAAACUGUUUUAUAUACAUCAGUUGGGGUCUAUAGAAACUACAAUAUGUGGUCCUAAAUUUAGCAUGAAAGUGCAUCUUUGUAGCAAUGUGAGCUAAUAUAGUAAAAAGUGUUGCUUUGGGGUAAGUUGUGCCAUUUUACCAGGGGCAAGUUGAUCCAAUACAAAUGAUGAUUACAUUUUGUAAGUUUUAUGCAUAAUAUGCAUAGUAUUUUGAAGAGACUUCAUAUUCAUGUGAUUUUCAAAUGAUGAAAAAUGCCUUCAUCAGUUGGGUUCGGCCACCUCUAGGCCACAAUUGAAGUGUUUUCUUCUCAGACAUAAUGCAAGGCAUAUGAGGUUACACCAGGGUCUGAGCCUAUGUUAAAAGUGCUUUAAAAAGUACCAAGUGUCAUACCAAGAAAUAUGUCCCCAUGCUUACCCUGUUCCUAUGCUCUGUUUACGCCAUACUGUAAGUAGUGCCAAGAGAACACUGUUUUAGGACAAGCUAUGUUUUCAAAAUUAUGGCUACGUGAAUUCUGAUUAUGUCACAACAUCUGGAAAUAUAUGCAUAUAUCUUUAUUAGAAAUCAAAAAACGAUAUUUCAUUUGACGUAGUGAUGUUAAAUGUAAAAGAUUCUCAACAUACCCCGCUCUCCAAUACUCUAAGACACUAAAUCAAACACCAUUGUUACUCCAGAAUAGAGCCUUGGGUCUGAUCGGACAAACAUUGCUUUUGUAAAUAUCUCUUUCUCUCCUUUGUGUUGUUAUUUUGAGAGCUUGACAACUUGUUUUCCUUAACUUAAUGAGCACACUACUGUACCUACAGAUGGGUUACACAACCAGAGACGGUUUACAUAACCAUAGAUGGGUUACAUAACCAACAACUCUUUUUUUUCUUCUGGCUCCAAAGUAAGGUUGAGCUAUGAGAGCUGUCUUUGCCCCAUCACUCAACUCAGUGGGAGGCCUCUUUGAAUUACAGUCAAUUAACAGAGUCAAGGAGAACAGUGGGCUUCAACACAAGCACACAUAAAGAAACACUGGAAUAUACAGUCACUGGCCAGUCUAUUAUUAACCAUCUAGUACCGGGUCGGACACCCCCUUUGGAUCCAGAAUGGCCUGAAAUAUUUGGGGCAUUCUACAUGGUGUAAGAAGAGUUCCACAGGGAUGUUUGUCCUUGCAGACGCGAUGGCAUCACGCAGUUCCUACGGAUUGGACGGCAAUACGUUAAUUCCAUCUCAUCCCAAGGAUAUUCUGCUCUAUUGGGUGGAGGUCUGGGGACUGAGUGACCAGGCCACUCAAACUGAACUCACUGUCAUGUUCCAGGCCAUGUUUUUCCGCUCCUUAAUUGUUCAGUGUUAGUGAUCAAGUGCCAAAUGGAGCCACUUCUCCUUGUUUUCAGCUGAUAGGAGUGUAACCCGGUGUGAUCGUCUGCAAAAGCCCAUCCAUGACAAGGAUCAACGAGUUGGGCAUUUUGAGAUGCCGCUCUGCACACCACUGUUGUACUGCACCGUUAUUUGUCUGUUUGUGGCCCGCCUGUUAGCUUGCACCAUUCUUGCCAUUCUCCUUCGACCUCUCAUCAACGAGCUGUUUUCGCCAACAGGACUGCCGCUGACUAGAUGUUGUUUUUUUUAAUCGCUACUAUUCUCGAUAAACCAUAGACACUGUCAUGCAUGAAAAGCCCAGGAGUGCGGUCAUUUCUUAUAUACUGGAUCCGGUGCGCCUGGCACCGAUGAUCAUACCACAUUCAAAGUUGCUUAGGUCACUAGUUUUGCCAAUUCUAACGUUCAACUGAACAGUACCUGAAUGCCUCGAUGCCUGUCUACCUGCAUUAUAUAACAAGCCACGGCAACGUGACUCACUGUCUGUAGGAGCAAUCCAUUUUGGUGAAAAGAGUGGUGUAUCUAAUAGACUG